GAGUAAAAUCUGGCAUUUGUUCACAACGUGCAAUUUAGUGCACAGGUAACUGUAAUUGCCUAAAGUGAUACACUUUUGCUUUAUUAAAAUAACAUAAAAGGGUCAUUACAAUAAUUCUGUCUCGGUAUUACGAAGAUAUUUGCAAUCCGUCAGGGCUUGAUUGAUUUAUCAAAAUUUGAGCGAUCUCCAGCGGAGGAAACAUCAGAUAUAACGGCGGAUAACUCCCUAGAAUACCAGCAUCGCGAUAUAUAAGAAGCAACAGACAUAUCGUGUUUACAUAACUCAGCGCAUCUACUGAUCGAGUAUUAACUGAAGAGGUUCAGUCUACUCGGUCUUAUACUACUUAACACGCUAUAAACCAUAAGGCACUCGUAUCUGGCCCGAGGAUUGGAUAGUUUAUUUUAAGAAGCUCGACUGACCACUGGAUACGUUCGGAUGUAGUAUUUUUACAAUCAAUUACCGAUGUUUUUAUUUUAAAUUUUAUCAUGUAAACUUUAUAUACUGUUUAUUCAUAUACUUAUAAGAAAACGAUUCGAUUGUAAGAAAGGACUAUACCACAACGAUACACAACACAGUAAGGAAACUAUGAGGAAAUAUUUUGAAGGAUAUCGUAAAUAAACAAAAAUAGCAACUUGUCUAGGAAAUAAUUACCCUCGAUUGAUACUGAUGCUAUGUUCCUAAACGUCAAGUGAAGUUUGGAUGGUAAACUUGCAAGGUUAAGGCUACGGUUAUCACGAUCUAUUGCACCGAAGCUGCUAAACCAUUGGGACAUAUUUGGACUCGAUAAGCGGCUGGGAUAAAGGCAUGAUCGUAUUCCCAUUUGUCAAUAAAAACGGAUAUGUAAUAAUGCUGCAGAGUUCUAUUAUGGGAUUUACCAUGGAGAAAGUACAAACAAAUGAUGUGAAGGAGUCUAUGCAAAUUGAACUUGGCGAAAUCGACAUUGAAAAUUCUAGAUGAUUGAGAACAGGCUUAGGAAAUUACCAUUCUAAAUAAGAAUAAAAUAGCUCUUUGGAAAAUUCAUCAAGUAAUGAUAAAUAGGAUGUAUUGUGAAAAUCUUAUGAAGUUUCUCGUAGCAUAGUGCUCUGUUGGAGGAAGCAGGUGUCUUAGGAAACAGUUUAAUGAGUAUAAUUCUGAACGUACCAAACACACAUGGCCGACCAUUAUGGCGUAACAAAAGCAGUAUGGAAGAAGGCUCCUUAGACUUUGCAAGGAAAGCAUUGGAUAACUACUCGAAUAGUCCUUGGUUGGAGAAUAUAUCUCUCAAUGAAAACUUGACCGCCAUUGAUCCCAGGAAUGGGGAAAAUUCAAAUUCCACAACACCGGUUUACUUUACAACAAGGAAUGUUAUCGUCGGUGGUCUGUUAAGCUGUAUUCUCCUACUGACACUAUUUGGAAAUAUUUUAGUCAUAACAGCGAUUGCUAAGUUUAGACGGUUACGAACAGUCACGAAUUAUUUUGUAUGUAGCCUUGCAGUGGCAGAUAUAACCGUUGCUCUUUUAGUUAUGCCACACUCUAUUAUAAAGGAAAUUUACGGUCAGUGGAGUUUCGGAUGGAUAUUUUGCUAUUUUUGGAUAUCGUGUGACGUCAUGUGUUGCACGGCAUCCAUUUUACAUUUAUGCGUCAUAAGUCUUGACAGAUACUUUGCAAUCACCGACCCUCUGAAAUAUUCUGUACGUAUGUCAAGAAAAAGAGCCUGUGUGUUUAUAACGAUCGUAUGGGUUUGCAGUGUCACAAUAUCAUUCAUGCCAAUUUUUCUCGGAUGGUUCUCCGAUCACAGUGUGAACCUCUAUACUGACAAUCCUGUAUGUAUGCUCAAUGUCAACAGGGUCUAUGCAGUUAUAUCAUCGAUGACCUCGUUCUAUGUGCCUUUAAUAAUUAUGAUUUUCGCUUAUAUAACAAUAUUUCGUAUUGCCAUGAGACAGGCUCGUGAAAUUAGGAAACUCGAAAACUCGUUUAGCAGUCAGAAGAGUAUGUACGAUUCAACAGGUACGAGUUUUUACGAGGCUAAGAAGCAUAAAAAACGAUCGAGAAAGAUACGAAGGGACUCAAAGGCAAUCAAGACAUUGGGCAUACUUAUGGGCUUAUUUUGCUUUUGUUGGCUUCCAUUUUUCCUAAUGUACAUUAUCAUGCCAUUUUGCCCUUCGUGUUAUCUCCCACCGGCAGCGGAAUCAUUUAUUACAUGGCUAGGAUACGUGAAUAGUUGUUUCAAUCCGUGCGUGUAUGCAUUUUUACAGAGGGAUUAUAGACUAGCGUAUAAAAAGCUUCUACGUUUUUGUGUCUGCCAAUGUUGCAAAACAGUAUGUUCGAAGUAUGGCCCACAUAAACUUAAACCAACGAAAGGAUAUAAGACAUGUACAACAAACGGUUGCGUUAAUGGCCAUCGGAGGGGAUCAGCCAUGCCUUCGGGUCUAUUGGAGUACGUUCUCGACAGCAACAGAGCAUCAGUUGUUUCAGCCAUGUAUACACAAAAGGACGAAGUGGUUAACUUUUUAGAAAACUCCACUUCAACAAAUUCUGGUACAUCAGAAGAUGCCAAAAAGCAUAUGAUCGUAAGGCUUAAGACUUGACCUAAAUCAAUGCCAAAUAUAGGUCAAAUGAUACGAUAGUGUUAUGUUUUAUUUACGUUGAAUUCGAUUAAGAUGAUUUUUAGUAUUUAUUUUAGAUACUGGUGUGGUUAUAUUAGCAGAUGAGUGCAUACUUAUCAUACACUCAAAUAGUGUCUAAAUAACGCAGUGUGAUCACAUAGGGCAUGUAAUUACAUGUUUAUUCAUGUAAUUUAAAAACGUCUUUUCAUGUUGACGUGUGGAGACCAACGUCUCAAAUAAUGUGAUAAUAAGCAUGGCACGAGGGCGUUCAAAAACUACCUACAUAAAAUUCAUUUAUCAUUUUCAUCUUUAUGGUCCUUUAAUUCCUUAAACAUAAUUAAUCUUGGGUUAAUAUUGGUCAAAAUAAGAAAUGUUAAAUGUAGGGCUGGCCAAGAAAGGCUUAAUUUUUCCUAAACUCACCCA